CCUUUCAAGUCGGUUUGCGACAAUGAAUGCUAAACACAGAGAAGGAGGAGAAGAAGAAGACAGACGUAGCGGAAGAAGACGCAGGGCCGCUCCGCGCCAGUACAGUCUAUGGUCACACCAUGCUCCUCUUCUCUAGAACAGCGGCUUUCUGUCCGCACAUGUGUCACCUUGCGAACACACAGCUCAACAUGGCGACGGCGCGGACAGUCCGGACUCUCUCCAACCAGCUCAGAAGCUUGUCCCACCUGACGGGGGUCCGUCCCUUCUCUCAGCCUCCAAACAAAUGGUUUGAGAGCAGAGCCGAUGGAGAUAGGUGGAGGAAGAACAUCCAUCUGACAUCAGCCAGGCUGAAGAAAGCCAGCCCUGUGCAGAUAAGGGAGCUGUCGGAAGCAGAGUAUGAGAAGCUGGCAGACGAGACUUUGGAUGCUCUGGCGGAAUAUUUUGAAGACCUGACAGAUGAAGCUUUCACUGGAGCCGACUACGAUGUUGUCUUCUCUAGCGGUGUGUUGACAGUGAAGGUGGGCAGGGACCACGGCACCUACGUCAUCAACAAACAGACUCCAAACAAGCAGAUCUGGCUUUCUUCGCCCACAAGUACUACGAUGGUGGUUCACUUCUUACUGGGGUACAUCGCCAUGGUAAGUGAUGCUGAACGGCUAACCUGCUCCGGUGCAGGUUAUGUUCGAGAUAAGAGAUCAACGCUGUAAAAGACCUGACCAAUCAGCUCUCUUGGAAAAUGACAUCACCAUCCGUAGGAGAUCCCACACACUGUUUUCUGCUUUGUCUGUGAUGCAGAGAUGCUUUGUACACCAACAUCAUCCUACAAAGACUAAGUGAGGCUCUGAAGCCUCGUGCUGGUUGUAAUCUAACAGUAAGGUUUUUAGAAUUUUAUUUGCUCCAGAGUUCAUUUCACACAGCCUGUCACAGCUGUUAAAAAUGGUUUAAUUAUUAUUUUUAUGUGAGGCUGAACAUUAUCAGCAUAUAUUUUGGUGUUCAAGUUCAGUUUAAUAUGAAUUAGUUCAUUAUAACUUUAGGUUGCUUUGUUCCUUAUAUUACAGAGUCCGGUCAUGUAGUGCCCACCUUUUGUUAUCUAGGCAGGUGAUGAGGUGAGUUCUCAGUAAAUGUUGAAUUGAAGCCGGGGUUGAGAUUCAGGCUUUGACCGCGAUUCUAACGACUGUAACUACAGACAAGUGGCUCGCAGGUAUAUUUAGAAUACGUUAAACAUUAUAGUGUAACCGCUUGUUAACAUUAGCACUCUUCCACUGAUAAACAUGGCAUAAGCUUUGUGGGGGAAAUCUAAUUUAGCUAUGGGCAGUGUUAGCUGCUGUAAGUGUUGUUAAGAAUAUUUAGAAUAGAUGAAGUAGGGAGAAAUGAGAGGACUGUUCACUAGAACUGCUACACUGUUUCAGAAAUAAAUACAAUCAAGUCU